CAUAUUCAUGCAUGGACUCAGCUAAUCUACAGAGAAAAUCAAAUUAGACAUAUUUGAAUAUAUUUCUUGACAGAUAAUGACAUGAGUGAAGCUAAGAUAUCCGAAAGCUGUGUAGCUGUCAGUACAGGAACCAAGAAUGCCAGGCAAUCCUGGAUAGCAGCAAAAGGAGCCUCCAUCUUCCAGUCCAGGCAUAUGAAUGCAUGGCUGCGAGAACAAAUCAACUGCCUCAUUAAUGAAGGGAACAACAUCAAGGCAAAUAUUUGGGAUUUACAAGAAACUAUGAGGAACAUGAAAGCUGAGCUCAAAAGGAUAAAGCAAGCUGAAGAUAAAAUAACUUAUUUAGAAACAGAAAUUGAAACAGUAAGGAAAAAUCAAGAAGAGGAGAACACAGGAGCAUCUUCAGAGGAUCAGUACCUUAAAAAGCUGGAGAAGGACAAUGAAAAUUUGCAUUUGAGAAUCUUCAUGCUUUCUGAGAAGAGUUCAGCUUUAACUGCCUCCAGAAAGAUCAACCAACAAAGUUACCUGCAGCUCUGCUGCCAUGUCAAUAAACUACGAAGGGAGCUUCAAGAAAGCAAGUUGACCUGUAUGGAGGAAGAUGAAGUUUUUACAAAGAUGAAACAUCAAAUCAGGGAGCUAGAAGAGUAUAUACAAGAAUAUGAAGUGAAAAUACAGGUUCUUGAAGACAGAGAGAAAACCCUGAAGAAUGAGCUGUCAGCAGUUGUGAAAGACAAGACUCGACGUCAGAUCAAGUUUCAAGGCAAGUUUUUGAACCUUCAUCCAAAGAGCUUGAUGUAUGAAAUAGCCAGGGCUGAACUGGAAGAAAAAAUGCAGAGAGAAGAAAAAUCUGGGAAGGAGCAGCUUUGUGGUGGUAGGUUAGUGAAGAACACAUUUAUUGCAAAGAUAGUCUGGAUCUUCAUAGUGCUGUGGCGGUUUACUGGCAUCCUGCGUGAUUCUUCUCCUGGUGAUUCUAGUCACUUCUUCAUUCUCAGUGUCGGCCUUUCAAAUCACACUGUGACAGAGGAUAUCAGCGCCCUGUGUGGCAGUUCCGGGCUAUUAUUUCAGCCAUAUAUUGAAUUGGUCAAGCUGGCAUCUUACCGAAUGAUCUCAGAACUGAAAGAAGCUGUUGAAUAG